CGCCGCGCUCUGCCCGCCUGCCGGCCGGCUUGCCCACUCACUUUCCCUAGCCCCGGGGGGAAAGGUCAGCAGCGUCCUGGAGCCACCGUGUCAGUCCCCGACAGCCAUGAACUGCAGCGAGAGUCAGCGGCUGCGAACCCUGCUGAGCCGCCUGCUGCUCGAGCUGCACCAUCGGGGCAACGCCAGCGGCCUGGGCGCCGGCCCCGGCCCGAGCAUGGGCAUGGGGGUCGUGCCGGACCCCUUCGUGGGCCGCGAGGUGACCAGCGCCAAGGGCAACGACGCCUAUCUCUACAUCCUGCUGAUCAUGAUCUUCUACGCCUGCCUGGCCGGAGGCCUCAUCCUGGCCUACACCCGCUCCCGCAAGCUCGUCGAGGCCAAGGAUGAACCGCCCCAGGCCUGCGCUGAGCACGAAUGGGUCCCCGGAGGCGCUCCGACUCCCGACGCCGAGGCAGAUGCCGAGACAGCCGCCGGCUCCCCGGCCCAGGGCCGCCGCCAACUCGCCCCCGGGGGGCUGCCUGCCCUCGCCCAGGGCGCCGAGCGGGUCUAGAACCACAGCCCCUGCCUGCUCUCGCAUCCUCCCCAUCUCGCUUCUCCCUGGGCGCGGCUCCCUUCCCGGGUUCGCCUCACCUAAGGCCCAGGCAAUGAGGAGAGGCCAGGAGACCUUGUCUGGAAGGCCCCGGAAGGAGACGCACCACCCUAACCCACUCCUGGCCAGUUUUUCCCACCUCACCCCCCACGCUUCCACCCCCACCCGGCACAUCCAACUGCACUAAACUGCCUCUGCUCUCUUGUCUUCAGACAGCCCUCACACUAUGCUCCAGGCCUCUGGGAACUGAGGCCAGCACGUCCAACACUUGGCAUUGAACUGAAGCAAUGAAGUCUAUCAGACCGCUGGGCCGUCUAACUGGCAGCUGUUCCAGGGGCUGCCAGGGACCGCUCGCUCUGCAGAGCCAACGGGCUUGCCAUCACUGCCAGGCCGGCUGCAGCAGCUCCAGCUUCCUGUUGCCUUAGGGACAGAGACAAAGAAAAUGAAGAGACCUCAGACAUCUUUUCCCUCCCUCUCCCUUUCAGCCGGGAGCUUUCAGGACAUUAGGACCAGUCUGUGGGAUAGAAUGGAUUUAAUGGGGACUGAGGGGAGGGGGGCUCAAGAGGGAGGGGGAAGCUCUAUGAACCCAACCGUAUGGUUUUCUUGCUCCUCAGUUGUCAUCCCAAAGGUAACUUGCCUGAUUUUUAGUAGCUUUGCCAUCUUCUACUGUGGGUAACCAUUACUGGGUGUAUCACCUCAAUACUUCCAAAUGCCUCUUCUAAACUGAUUCAGUUGUUAUCACAGUGUCGGCUUCAUCCAUGGAGCAUGAGGCUCAGAUGUCCCCCUGCUCUGUAACCCUGGGGGGAUGUCAGAGGCAGGUAAUAAAGGUUGUUUAAACAAUAA